AUGAAGACGUACGCGCGCUCGAACGUCAAGUGCGGUGGCCAGAAGGAGAGCGGGUGGCAGACGGCCGUGUUCAUGGUGGAGCCCGGUGCCACGCUCAAGAACGUGAUCAUCGGCAAGGACCAAAUGGAGGGCGUGCACUGCGAGCAGAACGGCUGCACGAUCCAGAACGUGUGGUGGGAGGACGUGUGCGAGGACGCGCUGAGCAUCAAGGGCGGCUCGGCCAGCAGCGUGACCAAGGUGAUCGGCGGUGGCGCGCGCUCGGCCGACGACAAGGUCAUCCAGCACAACGGCCUGGGCACGGUCUCCAUCGAGGGCUUCUACGCGCAGGACUUCGGCAAGCUCUACCGCUCGUGCGGCACGUGCGGCGACAAGUCUCGCAAGGUGAGCCUCACGAACGUGCUGGCCGUGAACGGCAAGGUGAGCCUCGUGACGGUGAACAAGAACUGGGGCGACCAGGCCACGCUCCAGAACAUCAAGAUCAAGGGCAAGAAGGUGGACUACUCCACCAGCACCAUCUCCUACGCAUAA